AUGCGCUACGUUCGCUUCCUCAAAACGCCACGCAUAUUGUCGGAAAAGGGCACAUCAAGGCCUCACCUUCAUUGUCUAAUCACUAUCACAUCAGACCUCGGUGAUUCAUUUCUGCCAUACGACAUCAAGCUAGCAGCUGAGCUUCUAGCCUGUACAAAUACCGACCAACAUGUCGUCGUCGUCUGGAAGACUGUGCAAUGGUCCAGUGGCAUGCGGAGUCUUCCCAUUACACUUCCGCUGCCCAGUUCUUACCUACCCUCGUCACUGUUGCGCGUUAAAAUAGGCCUUGACCCUAAACAGCCCCAUGACGAGUACGCAGCCCUCUUAGAACGAGAUGCCCAAGGUGUUGUAUCGGCCUGGAGUCCACCUUUCACCCAACAUGUCGCGGCCGUCAAGCUAGUCGAGAGACGCUUCAAGCUCCCAAACGAGCCCACCAUCAGCAUCUGGGAAGAGACUGGAGAGAACCUCAAAGAUCCAAAUACGGACAUGGCGAGGGCUUUGCUUCCAACCCCACCAACAUCUACUUUUCGCAUCCUCGAACUGGGAACUGGCUGCGGCAUGGUGGGCAUCACGCUCGCCCAAAUUUUACCGUAUGCCAAAGUGCUUCUGACAGAUCUGCCAUUGGCCCAAGACAUUGCCCAACGCAACAUUGACCAGGCUUCCCAAGCACAAAGUCUCUCCCUCCGGUUCUUGGCACUGGAUUGGGAUGUAGACCUACCAUCUCAACUACCGCCUGCUUCGCUCUCUGUCGACUUGGUCAUCGCGGCCGAUUGUACAUACAAUGCAGAUAGCAGCCCAUCCUUAGUGCGCACUUUGGUCCGCCUAGCUGAAUCGAGUCCAAAUGUCAUCGUAGCCAUUGCGAUGAAGAUGCGCCACUCGAGCGAGCAAGUCUUCUUUGGUCUCAUGCAACGUGCAGGAUUUGUGGAGACGGCCUACUUGAAGUUUCCACUUCCGGGAGACGUCCAAGUCGGGGAAGAGAUGGUUCAUCUGCAUGUUUACAGGAAGCUUGUACCAGAUACCUGA